GAAAUAAAUUGUAAACGCGUAAUGUGCUCCUGUUUUAGUCUAAGUGGGUUGCCGUAGUUAAUCGUUCGUCCUUGCUUGCAUGUGGAUUGAACAGCAUACAAACAGCUGUCACAUAAAAAGCUUUUUUAUAAGUACUGGUGAGAACAUCAGGACGUUCAAGUUGGAUGUUUUGUUUUACUCUGAUGGGUUGUGUCAGAAGAUAAGAUCAUGUUCAGAAGGAUUCCUUUUCAUCAGAUCGCGUUUGCGACCCUCGUCGGGGUGGCGGGAGGUGUGUACGUGUACAAACCUAUGUUUGAGCUCAAAAAGCCUCCAACUGAACCAGUUCAAGACCUCAAACCCGAACCAGACGAACAGAAACCGGAAACUACCACACAAUGACCACACUGCAUCAGCAACCAAACCAGAGACUGUUAUAGUGUGAGAAACAUAUGAAUGUUAGUUAUUUACAAAUUGUCUUAUUGCAAAUAAUAAAAUAUGUCAUUCUAG